GAUGCAGGAAUCUGAAACUAUCUUUGCUCUCAUGCAUGAUAGUCGUUAGGAAGAUGAGACACGAAAAGAUAACAAAUGCCAGAUGAUACAUAAAUGCCAGUUGAGUAGCACAGACAGCAACAUGUCGUAGGAGUUGAGGAAGGAGAAAUCACUGUGUCCAUGUGUGCAGAUGGAGCAGGGAAAUCUCAGGCAGAGGGAUGGCACUGGUAUGCAUGGGCAUAACAUAGCCCAGGGUUUCUGCAGUGUGGAAUGUAUAUACGGAAGUCAUGGGAAAUAAAAGCUGCAAAGGUAAGCUCAUGGAAGGCUUUAAAUAUCAGGACAAUGAAUUUGGACUUGGUUCAGUACUCGAGGGAAUGUUGGUUUCUGAAUAAAGGUAGUAAUAAAGGAGAAAAUAAAGGAGAGGUAACAGAAUCAAUGCUAUGGCUAUAGGGAAUUCAGAACUGAAGUGCGAGCAUGGUUUGGAAGAAGAUUGGAACCAGAAAUCAGGAGGUUGCUUUUUAAUUCAUUUUCUGUGACUGGAGCUGGGAAAAGGUGGGAAGCUGACAGGACUUCUUUUUGAGUUUCUUUCCUUAUGUCCACCCCCAGGAUGAGCCGACAAGUGGUCCGAAGCAGCAAGUUCCGACAUGUGUUUGGGCAACCAGCCAAAGCUGACCAGUGUUAUGAGGAUGUUAGAGUCUCCCAGACCACUUGGGACAGUGGAUUCUGUGCUGUCAACCCCAAAUUUAUGGCCUUGAUCUGUGAAGCCAGCGGAGGGGGAGCCUUUCUGGUGCUGCCCCUGACCAAGACUGGCCGGGUAGACAAGAAUGUGCCCACUGUCUGUGGUCACACAGCUCCUGUCCUAGACAUUGCCUGGUGUCCCCACAAUGACAACGUCAUUGCCAGCGGUUCUGAGGACUGCAUGGUCAUGGUGUGGGAAAUCCCUGAUGGAGGCCUGACUCUGCCUCUCCGGGAGCCAGUGGUCACACUAGAGGGGCACACCAAGAGAGUGGGCAUCGUGGCUUGGCACCCAACUGCCCAAAAUGUGCUGCUCAGUGCAGGUUGUGACAAUGUGAUCCUAGUGUGGGAUGUGGGAACUGGAUCUGCUGUGCUGACCCUGGGCCCAGAUGUACACCCAGACACCAUCUACAGCGUGGACUGGAACCAAGAUGGGUCACUGCUCUGCACCUCCUGCCGGGACAAGCGGGUUCGGGUCAUUGACCCCCGAAAGGGCACAGUUAUAGCUGAGAAAGAGCGUCCUCACGAAGGGACUCGGCCAGUUCGGGCUGUGUUUGUAUCUGAUGGGAAGAUCCUUACUACAGGCUUUAGCCGAAUGAGUGAAAGACAGGUGGCUUUGUGGGACAUGAAGAAGCUUGAGGAACCCCUGUCCCUGCAAGAACUGGACACAAGCAGUGGGGUCCUACUUCCCUUCUUUGACCCUGACACCAAUAUCGUCUACCUUUGUGGCAAGGGGGACAGCUCCAUACGUUAUUUUGAGAUUACAGCAGAGGCUCCUUUCCUGCACUACUUGUCCAUGUUCAGUUCUAAAGAAUCCCAGCGAGGGAUGGGUUACAUGCCCAAGCGAGGUCUGGAGGUCAACAAAUGUGAGAUUGCCAGAUUCUACAAGCUACAUGAACGGAAGUGUGAGCCCAUUGCUAUGACUGUGCCUAGGAAGUCAGACCUUUUCCAAGAGGACCUGUACCCACCCACGGCUGGACCAGAUGCUGCGCUCACAGCAGAGGAGUGGCUGGGGGGCAAAGAUGCAGGGCCCCUACUUGUGUCCCUUAAGGAUGGCUACGUGCCCCCCAAGAGUCGGGAGCUGAGAGUCAACAGGGGGCUGGACAGUGGCCGCAAGCGUGGCACCACGGAGUCCAGUGCAGCCCCUAGCACGGAGGCUAUGUCUCGACUAGAGGAGGAGCUGCGACAAUUACGGGCUACAGUGCAGGAGCAGCAGAAGCGUCUGGAUGAGCUGGAGGAGAAAAUCACAGGGAAGUAGCUUGGCCCCAGUACCUGAGAUAUGACUGGGCCUUGCCCCAUGGGCAGAAGUCACUGGUUGAAUUAAACCCAUGAGGACGCCCUUCCUCCCCCUUCCCAUUUCCCCACAUCUUAUAGGAAGGAGUGGGUCUUACAAGCAAAGAAAAAUAAAAUGGUUUUAUUUUCUGAUA